UUCCCUACCAAUGAUUGCCUUCCUAACGUCCCAGCCAAUUACAGAGUGUGUUAUCUAACAGAUGUAAGAGAUUGCACGGAUGCUGACGACAAUCUGUACUACGGAUGCUACCUCCGUGUGGGCGGCCAGAGAGUAGGAUACAAGCUAGCCCCUCUGCCAAUGACUGGAGGCGAGAACAAUGAGAGCCGACAAGUCUUCUUCGACUCCGUCCACAGUAUGACCGCUACCAACGCGGUCUGUUUCUACAACGUAUCCGUGACAGACACGAGCACGCGUAACUGCUCGGGCGUCGUUCUGGAGAGCGCUUACGGAGUCGGAAGCGGUAGUGAUUCCGCGGACGAAUCGUCGGAGGAUCGCGCUCCGUGCAAGAGUUACGUGAGGGUUUAUUACAGCACGGAGUAUAGUGGACAGCAGGAAAGACUCGUCUGUCUGACGGACUUGCCUGGGUUCUACACCACCGUUCCCGGCGCCACUUCCCUCUUUAUCGUUUAUUGGACCAAUAACGACGUUAACAAUAGGGGCACCUCGUUUAGCAUGCGAGUACGCUGCAUAGAAGACUGAUCACAUUAUCAUCAUCAAUUUAUAUCGCCUAUAGAUUAUAUAUACAUAUUAGCU